AAGCUUAAAGAAAAACUAUAUUCUGUACUUAGAUCUAAGGCUGAAAUUAAUGAUCUUAGUGAGAAGUUGCUAACUAGCUUCAGCAAUUAUAUAGCCAAGCCGGCCUUGACUAUAAUGUCAAGGAAGUCAGGAAUUCGAAAAGACCUUACUCUAAA